AACACAGUUUCUUCAACUCAAAAAAUUGCGAUAAUGUUUUUGUAUAUUGUAGUGUCUGUAUCAAUUUUUCUCUCCUUGAUGUUCUUCAACAUAGGUUGGAGACAUAAUAGAGAUGUACCCCUUACAAAUUGGCCUAUCAUGGGUAUGUUACUUGGUGUUCUACAAAAUUUGUCCAACAUUCACGAUUAUACAAUCUUAGUUUUGAAACAUCAUGGAGGUACUCUGAUGUUCGAAGGACCCUGGUUCACAAACAUGAACUGCAUUCUCACAGCAGAUCCCAUGAACGUGCACCACAUCACAAGCAAGAACUUCAGCAACUAUGGGAAGGGGUCCCAUCUGCGUGAAAUUUUUGAUUAUUUUGGAGAAGGGAUCAUUAACUCUGAUAAUCUCCAUGCAUGGAAACUAGAGAGGUCAAUACUUCAUUCAGUUCUUCAAAGGGAAACCUUUAACACUUUCCUUCGAAAAACCAUUCUGAAGAAGCUAGAGAAUGACCUAAUUCCAUUUCUUGAUCAUACAUCCGAGAUUGGAACUGAGGUAGACCUACAAUUUGACCUUCGGAGGUUCACAUUUGACAUUGUCUGCUCUUGUUUUCUUGGUUGUGAUCCUCAGUCCCUUCCGAACAAGAUUACUCAGCUUUCACACCCUGCUUAUGAGAGAGCCACGGUUGUGAUGGAGGAGGUAUUGUUUCACAGGCACAUCACACCAAGGUGGUUGUGGAAGUUGCAGGAGUGGCUCCAGAUUGGCCAAGAGAAGAAGUUCAAGGAAGCUAGAGAAAUUUUUGAUAAAUUCUUGUAUGAAUGCAUUGCAUCCAAGCGUGAAGAGAAAAAUAGAUGCAAAAGCACCAAAGAAGUGGAAGAUACUCAUCAUGACUUGCUGGGAGUGCUAAUGGAGGAAGGAGCUCAAAAGGGGAGAGUAAUUGAUGACAAGUAUCUGAGAGACACUGCAGUUACCUUUUUUGCUGCUGGAAGUGGCACAAUCAGUGCAAGUCUCAGUUGGUUCUUUUGGCUGGUUUCAACUCAUCCAUAUGUGGAAACUAAAAUUCUUGAAGAGAUCAAAGAUAAUUGCAUAGACCAAGAUGGAUCUUGGAUUGCUUCUGGUGUGGAAGAGUUUGGAAAGUUAGUUUAUCUCCAUGGAGCUAUAUGUGAAGCACUGAGGCUUUUUCCUACUGUGCCCUAUGAUCAUAAGUGUGCAAUCAAAUCUGAUACACUUCCUAGUGGACACCAUGUUAGUCCAAAUACCAUGAUAUUGUACUCUUUGUAUGCAAUGGGAAGAAUGGAGCAAAUAUGGGGACAUGACUGCAUGGAGUUUAAGCCUGAGAGAUGGAUUUCAGAGAGUGGAGACAUUGUACAAAUUCCAUCUCACAAGUUCAUAGCGUUCAAUGCAGGCCCUAGAAGUUGUUUGGGUAAGGACAUUGCUUUUAUUGAAAUGAAGAUGGUUGCAGUUGCUGUACUUUGGAGGUUUCAGAUGCAGGUGGUGGAUUGUCAUCCUAUAACACCAAGAGUCUUUGUGUUGCUUACCAUUGAACAAGGCUUGAAGGUUAAAGUUACCAAAAGAUGCACCUGAUAUCUAUAGAGAGCAUUUCAAUACCAAAUGAUAGAUGAUAUUUACUUUUAGUUUCUGCUUUCUGAUGGCUAAAUAAUGUUGUUAUCUUAUGAAAUUGUGAGUUUCAAAGUCUUACUCACAAUUUUAUAGUUAUUAAUAAACUUAAAUUUAGCUAGAAUGUCCGUUAAAAAAUGAGUGUUAUCCUCCCUCUCUCUAUGUUAGAACACGAGGAUAAUGGAGGAUUGAUGUAUGCAUUUGUCCAGUUCAUCAAUUAUUAAGUGUUGAAUUCCUAGAAGUAUAAUUCACUUUUA